AGCCGGAAGACUCUCUUUCCCAGAGGGCAGAGCGGAAGCCACGCCUGCGCAGUCUCAGUGAGGGCGUGUAUGUCUGUGUCUGAGGGAGAGAGCGAGAGUGAGUGAGUGUGAGUGCGGGGUGGGGUGGUGGCCGUUACGUUCGGGGCAACGGCUAAGGCUGUGGAGAAGUGAGAAGAGAAACAACGUCCGGCGCUUCCGCCUUCGCCUAGGAGGAGGAGGAACUGGUAGGAAAAGGAAAGCCAUUCGCCCUGGGCCUGGACUAGACCUCGUCGGGCCGGCGGAGGUCUGGCUAUGCGCCUUUGAGGGUCGCUUGGGACGCAGAGCGAGAGCCGACAGCGAUGUCUCAGCCGCCGCCUCCUCCUCCGCUGCCGCCGCCGCCGCCUCCCCCCGAGGCUCCGCAGACUUCGUCGUCUCUGGCGGCGGCGGCUACUCCGGGGGGCCUUUCGAAACGAAGGGACCGGAGAAUCCUUUCCGGGAGUUGCCCGGAUCCCAAGUGCCAGGCGCGGCUCUUCUUCCCGGCCUCCGGUUCUGUCAGCAUCGAGUGUACCGAGUGCGGACAGCGGCACGAGCAGCAACAGCUGCUGGGAGUGGAGGAGGUGACCGACCCGGACGUGGUGCUGCACAAUCUGCUGCGGAACGCGCUUCUCGGAGUGACGGGGGCUCCCAAGAAGAACACGGAACUGGUAAAGGUGAUGGGCCUCUCCAACUACCACUGCAAAUUAUUGUCGCCCAUAUUGGCACGCUAUGGAAUGGACAAACAAACGGGCCGGGCCAAGCUUCUCCGGGACAUGAACCAAGGCGAACUGUUCGAUUGCGCGUUACUCGGUGACCGGGCCUUCCUCAUCGAACCAGAGCACGUCAACACUGUGGGCUAUGGCAAGGACCGCUCCGGAAGCCUCCUAUAUUUGCAUGACACUCUCGAGGAUAUCAAACGGGCCAAUAAAAGUCAAGAAUGCCUCAUUCCAGUGCAUGUGGAUGGGGAUGGACACUGCCUAGUGCAUGCUGUGUCUAGGGCUCUAGUAGGCCGAGAGCUCUUCUGGCAUGCCCUGAGGGAGAAUCUUAAGCAGCACUUUCAGCAGCACCUAGCCCGAUAUCAAGCCCUGUUUCAUGACUUUAUUGAUGCUGCCGAGUGGGAGGACAUUAUCAAUGAAUGCGAUCCUCUGUUUGUGCCACCUGAAGGUGUCCCCUUAGGCCUGAGGAAUAUCCACAUAUUCGGCCUUGCCAAUGUGUUACAUCGUCCCAUAAUUCUUUUAGAUUCCCUCAGUGGCAUGAGAAGCUCUGGUGAUUAUUCAGCCACAUUUCUACCUGGGCUCAUACCUGCAGAGAAGUGCACUGGGAGAGAUGGUCAUUUGAACAAGCCAAUCUGUAUUGCGUGGAGUAGCUCUGGAAGAAACCAUUAUAUUCCCUUGGUAGGCAUAAAGGGGGCUGCCUUGCCCAAACUACCCAUGAAUUUGCUACCUAAAGCAUGGGGUGUGCCUCAGGACCUUAUUAAAAAGUACAUCAAGCUUGAGGAGGAUGGUGGCUGUGUUAUUGGAGGAGACAGAAGUUUGCAGGAUAAGUACUUACUUAGGCUGGUUGCUGCUAUGGAAGAAGUCUUUAUGGACAAACAUGGUAUUCAUCCUAGUUUGGUUGCUGAUGUACAUCAGUAUUUCUACAGAAGAACUGGGGUGAUAGGAGUUCAGCCUGAGGAAGUUACAGCAGCUGCUAAAAAAGCAGUAAUGGAUAAUCGCCUUCACAAGUGUUUGCUUUGUGGUGCCCUUUCUGAACUUCAUGUCCCUCCUGAGUGGUUGGCUCCAGGAGGGAAACUGUAUAACUUGGCAAAAAGUACUCAUGGGCAGCUGAGGCCUGACAAAAAUUACAGCUUUCCCUUAAACAAUUUGGUUUGUUCAUAUGACCCAGUGAAAGAUGUUCUGCUACCGGACUAUGGAUUGAGUAAUCUAACAGCUUGUAAUUGGUGCCAUGGCACAUCUGUGCGAAGAGUCAGAGGAGAUGGCUCUAUUGUGUAUUUGGAUGGAGACAGAACUAAUUCUAGGUCUACUGGUGGCAAAUGUGGUUGUGGAUUCAAACACUUUUGGGAAGGUAAAGAAUAUGACAAUCUGCCGGAAGCUUUUCCUAUCACUUUGGAGUGGGGAGGAAGAGUAGUCAGAGAAACAGUAUAUUGGUUCCAGUAUGAAAGUGAUCCAUCUUUGAAUAGUAAUGUUUAUGAUGUUGCAAUGAAACUUGUUACCAAGCACUUUCCAGGUGAAUUUGGGAGUGAGAUCCUAGUUCAGAAAGUUGUCCACACUAUAUUGCAUCAGACUGCAAAAAAAAAUCCUGACGAUUACACUCCUGUAAAUAUAGAUGGUGCUCAUGCUCAGAGAGUUGGAGAUGUGCAAGGACAAGAUUUGGAGUCUCAGCUACCAACUAAAAUUAUUCUUACUGGACAGAAAACAAAAACUUUGCACAAGGAAGAAUUAAACAUGAGUAAAACUGAAAGAACUAUUCAACAGAACAUCACAGAACAAGCUUCUGUGAUGCAGAAACGGAAAACAGAGAAAUUAAAACACGAGCAAAAGGGCCAUCCCAGAACUGUUUCUCCAAGUACUAUUCGAGAUGGGCCAUCAUCUGCACCUGCCACCCCCACCAAGGCUCCCUACUCACCUACCACUUCUAAGGAGAAGAAGAUUCGAAUAACAACUAAUGAUGGACGGCAGUCCAUGGUUACUCUUAAGCCUUCAACAACCUUUUUUGAACUUCAGGAAAGUAUAGCCAGAGAGUUCAACAUUCCUCCAUAUUUACAGUGUAUUCGAUAUGGCUUUCCUCCUAAAGAGUUAAUGCCACCCCAGGCAGGAAUGGAAAAGGAGCCAGUUCCAUUACAGCAUGGUGACAGAAUUACAAUAGAGAUCUUAAAAGGAAAAGCAGAAGGUGGUCCAUCCACUGCUGCACACUCAGCCCACACUGUGAAACAAGAAGAGAUUGCUGUUACUGGUAAACUGUCGUCCAAGGAACUUCAGGAGCAAGCUGACAAAGAGAUGUACUCCUUGUGUCUUUUAGCAACAUUAAUGGGAGAAGACGUGUGGUCUUAUGCAAAGGGACUUCCUCACAUGUUCCAGCAGGGUGGUGUAUUCUACAAUAUUAUGAAGAAAACUAUGGGCAUGGCUGAUGGCAAACAUUGUACUUUUCCACAUCUACCUGGCAAAACCUUUGUUUAUAAUGCUUCUGAAGAUAGACUGGAGUUGUGUGUUGAUGCUGCAGGACAUUUCCCCAUUGGUCCUGAUGUUGAAGAUUUAGUUAAAGAGGCUGUAAGUCAGGUUCGAGCAGAGGCUACCACAAGAAGUAGGGAAUCCAGCCCUUCACAUGGGUUAUUAAAACUAGGUAGUGGUGGAGUAGUGAAAAAGAAAUCUGAGCAACUUCACAAUGUAACUGCCUUUCAGGGGAAGGGCCAUUCUCUAGGAACUGCAUCCAGUAACCCUCACAUUGAUCCCAGAGCUAGGGAAACUCUGGCUGUAAGAAAGCAUAACACAGGGACAGAUUUUAGUAAUAGUUCCAUUAAAACAGAGCCUCCUGUGUUCACAGCUGCUUCUAGUAAUAGUGAGCUUAUUCGAAUAGCUCCUGGAGUAGUAACAAUGAGAGACGGUAGGCAGAUUGAUCCCGAUGUGGUUGAGGCCCAGCGAAAAAAAUUGCAGGAAAUGGUUUCUUCUAUUCAGGCUUCAAUGGACAAGCACUUGCGGGAUCAAAGUACAGAGCAAACACCAUCUGAUCUUUCUCAAAGAAAAGGAGAAGUUGUGAGUUCUUCUGUGAGGCCUGGGAAUCUUCAGACUGGCUUGCCUGAAUCUUUUUCUUUAACUGGUGACACUGAGAAUUUGAAUACUGAAACAACUGAUAGUCGUGUAGCAGAUGUACUGGGAGCAGCGUUUGCCACAAGGUCAAAAGCACAAAAAGAAAAUUCCAUGGAGGAACCUGAAGAGAUGGAUAGUCAAGAUGCUGAGACAACUAACACAACUGAGCCAAUGGAUCACUCGUGAUUUAAUGUAGAGGCUAAUAAAGGCAGAAUGUUUAUUGUGAA